AUGGUUCAACUGUCCACUUCUGCUUUCGUCGCCGCCAUCGCUCUUUCCAUCCCGGUGUCAGUACUUGCUGGUCCCAUCAACACUAUUGAAGAAAGAGAUGUCACUGAUGGUAGCAUCGGGGAGCUCGAUGCCCGCUUCGACGAUACUCAGGAAUCUGUCCUCGAGCGUGGCUUCGAGGACCACGAAGAUCUCGAAGCUCGGGUCUUCGGUCACCUGUGGAAUGGUCUCCGAAAUACCGUCCUUAACGGUGGCGCCCGCCGUGUUGUAACCGCCCCCGUUCGUAACGCCAUCCAAACCACGCACAAGAACAACGAGGCGAAGAAGAAGGCAGAUGCCAGCUCUCAGGCAAACAGGAACAUUAAGCAGUGGCACGACACGACCCGCAAGGUGAUCGCUCACAAGAAGGCUGGGACCCGUCGCGAGCUCGACAAAGACCUGGAAACGCGCGAAAUGGAGGAGCUCGAAGCGCGCGUCCUGGGUCACUUAUGGCAAGGAGUCCGAAAUACAGUUCUCAAUGGAGGUGCUCGCCGGGUCGUCACUGCCCCCGUCCGCAACGCCGUCGUCAACACACACAAAGACAACCAGGCGAAGCAACAACUCGAAGCCAACAGGCAAGCCGCAAAUCAUGCCAAGCAGCAAGUUGCUGCUCAACACCGGAAGCAGCCCAACCAUGACCUGCGGAACAAGUGGAAAGACACCAUCCAGGCAGCGCGUGCCCAACAGCUACAGCAAGGCAGGAAGAAGCGCGAGUUGAGCGAGGAGUUGGAGGCGCGGGAGGACUGGGAAGAUAUUCUUGAGGCGCGCGAAUGGGAUAUUGAGGAUUUGGAUUGA